GCAGUGGUUGAACUGUAUCUUAAGAGAAGGCGUGUGAUCCAGACUGGUCUAAAGACAGUUGACCACUUUGGAAUGCUUCUCUAGAGAAAACAGUAACAAACGUUCCAGUCCUGCAGGGUCGAAUGCUCUGUCGUUAUUUGCCUAUGUGCUUUCUCCUUUGUAUCUCCCCUAAAGACCUCCGUCCGAAGACAGAGCCCCAGGGUAGCGUUGUUUCGAACUCGCAAUCCAUGUCCUCUACAGAACGGCCUUCAGACUGCAGGAGCUGGCUCAAUGGGCUCUGAUGAACACAGAUUCAAUCUAGCUGAGAUCCUGUCGCACAGCUAUGGCUCCCGGGAGCACCAGGAGGAGUGCGAAGCUCAGAAGUCCCUAGACGAGCUGGAGAAGAGCCUCCACGGCUCUCAGGGAAGCGAGAUGCCUCUGGAGGAGCUGCUGGCGCUGUACGGGUACGAAGCCUCCGACCCCAUCUCCGAACAUGACAGCGAGGGUCACGACCUCCCGCACAGCCUGCCCGACAUGACGCUGGACAAGGAGCAGAUUGCUAAGGACCUGCUGUCAGGAGAGGAGGAGGAGGAAGCCCAGUCCUCCGCAGACGACCUCACUCCGUCCGUCACAUCCCACGAUGCAUCUGACCUCUUCCCACAUCCGCUGCACGCAAACUCCAUCGUGGACGAGGAUAAAGAUUCAUCUUCCAGCUCCUCAGAGGAAGAGUCUGAGGACAAUUCCGUUCCCUCAAACGAGUGCAGGAAGGACAUUAUGGUGGGAUCUCUGUACCAGGCAAUGAUACCUCCACUGAUCCUGUACACGCACCAAGAAAGAGCGUACGAGAGUGAGGACCAACUGCUGUGGGACCCCCACGUGCUGCCGGAGGGGGAGGUGGAGCGAUUCCUGUGCAGGGCGGAGAGGAGGUCCUGUGAGGAAGCCAGUUUGGAGAGCCUGCAGGAGGGAACGCUGGUCAGGGACAACGAGCAAGCCCUGUACGAGCUGGUGAAAUGUCAUUUUAACGCAGAAGAAGCGAUGAGAAGACUGCGGUUCAACGUGAAAGUAAUAAGAGAUGAGUUGUGUGCAUGGAGUGAGGACGAGUGUCGAAACUUCGAGCACGGCUACCGGGUUCACGGCAAGAACUUCCACCUCAUACAGGCCAACAAAGUGCGGACUCGCUCGGUGGGAGAGUGCGUGGAAUAUUACUACAUGUGGAAGAAGUCAGAUCGGUAUGAGUAUUUCACGCAACAGACAAAAUUUGGGAGGAAAAAAUUCAGCCUACACCCAGGGACAAUAGACGAUGGUGAUCAGGACAUGGACGCUGGCGAGGGGGACAGCGCAAGCCACUCGCGGAGCUCCCCUCCCACCCCAGUGCCCUCCACCACCAGCCAGCUGGACUCCCAGUUCCUCCAGGACCCUCUCCACUUGGGGGCCACAGAUGCAGAGAGACGGGAGAGCAGAGAGUUCAUCAUGGAGAGGAACACGAGUGAGACCAACAAUGACGAGGAGGAGGAGGAGGAGGAGGAGGAGGAGGAGGACAGGGAGCCCUUGUACCGACUUAGCCAGCCUCCCUCCUCGGCCUCCAGCACAGACUGUCCAUACAGCAGCCCGACCAUGGAGCCCUCUGCUGGGCAGUCUUCCAGGAGCCUUGCCUCCACCAGCCAGGAGUUGAACCUGCCAGACAACGUGUUCUACCAGCUGCAGCUGGACCCCUACACUACGCACACACCCGGGCCUCCCACAGACCACGCCGCUGCCGCCAAGAGGUUAAAGGUUGGGUUUAGCCUCCCUGAAAGUUUCCCCGUGGAGCCGUCCCGAUCCGUCUCCCCACCAACGACGACGGGGCAGGUGUCCAUUUCCUUGACUACCGACUUUGGACCAAUCAGUGUUAGCAAUGUAAAUAGUUUUCUCAGUGGCCAGGUGCCCAUGUGCCCCCCAAGCGCAGUGCAGCAGUCUGAACCUUUAUCUCAAUGAAAUCAAAACUUGAAAUAUAUGUAUAUUUAAAAAAAAGCUGAGCAAACAGUAUUGCAGGGCUGGAAAUAAGACUCCCAUUGCACAGCAGUUUGAUCCAUUCCUGGUUUUACUAUGAGUUUAAGAAGACACACCUGAGCUUGUUAUAUACCUAUAAAAGGUGGCUGUUCAAGCUCCUAGUAAAACCUGGAUGGGGUGAAUCUGCUAUGCAGUAGGAGUCUUAUUUCCAUCUCUGUAUUGGCUGUGUUAGUCUUUGAGCCCCAGAUGAAAUCACAAGCAAUAGUUCUUCUCAACUCGCUGUACACCUGUCAAACAAAUACUGUAUUGCCAUAGCAGUUGAAACACAAGAGUUUGAGCAACCUGCUACUAUUGACUAGACUAACACAACACUAACGUCUUUAAACGACGAUAACGGACAGUAGGUAUAAGAAACCUAAGUGAAGCACACAAACGUUUCGGCUGCCGCUUUCUUCAGCGUGAUUCUGAAGAAGGCGCUCGCUGGAGCGUUUCUCUUACAGCUUCAACUCGGAAUUCUGAUCCAGCGUUUUACAUUUGUUUUGGUGAUUUGCCCGGGGUGUGAGAAUUCUACGUGAUUGUAGCAGGUUUGUUUGUGAUCAUCAGACUUUUUGCGUGAGCCUGUAUGUUUCAAGUCAAAGAAACACAUUUUCUUUAUAUAUACAGUAUAUAUUUGUACUUUUUUAUAUAUUUUUUUUGUAAAAAAAAAAAAAAAAAAAAAAACUAAGAAAAAAAUGAACGAAACCUGUUUGCUCACUUCCAGCACUCGAGACUCCAUCGCUGUGGACCAAAGCACUUAAAGAAAGAUAAUUUUGUCUUACGAGAAGCAAAUACCAGACGCUUCCAAACUGGAAUGUAGAGGGCACCACCAGUGUGUUGUUUUGUGGUAGCCUCAUGCUGGAAAGCCUGGCCCUAUGUGCUUCACGCCACAAGGGGGCAGUCUUAUUACGUCACACACUGGGACUGGAAAGCACGGGACAGGCUAGGAUUAUACAACACAGCAGAGAUUUUAAAAAAUAUAGAUAUUUAGUUCCUCUCCCGCUACAUCAUUAUUGCAGUACAGCUUUGAGAGACCACAGCAGUAUAAGGGCCAGCGGCCAGGUGCUGUUCAGAUUCCCCGUGGCUUUACCCUUUCUGUGAUGCCUGAGUUUGUAGGUGUUGCAGAAACUAACGUAUACCCUGGGUAAGGGAAUGAUUAUUGUUGUACUUUAAACUCAGUACUGAACCCAUCUUUCUAAGCUUUCAGCUUCUUUGGUAGUGGCUGUGGUAGAUGGAUUCACUGUAUUCUAUGUUGUUAGGGAUGUAUUUCUUUAUAAGGUGCCAGUGCCUUGCUGAUGCAAGUCCUGCUUUUGGGACUGACCUGCCUUGUGCCGGGUCCCUGAUUUAACAAGAGCAAGUCGGGCAUUUUUACACGGUCAGCUCGUUCAUGCUAUUGUUGUGUUGAAACGUAUGUAGUGAAUUACAAAGAAAAGCACAACAUUCUGCUCCAGUGUCCGUGUCCGUGUUGAGAAGCUGGACUGUGAGACAGCAUGCCUGCCAGUCUAAACCCCUGUAUGAUCUUCUGUAUGUCUGUAUGAUCUUUAUUAACGUGACUUUGCAUUUGAUGUUUGAACGUGCAGACUUGUGUGUGUGUGUGUGUGUGUGAACCACACCAAACCCAGCCAGGAUAUUGUACUUUGUCUCCAUUGCUCCAUUUUGUCAAAGCUGCCCCACUCUGUGUUUCCACUGCUGGGUAGAACUGUGCUCAGAUGUGUGCUCAGGUGCUUCCAAUUCCAAGCUAGGAUGCUUUUAAGCACAAUCCCCUUAAUCUGGGAGGGAAAGGAAGUUGCGCUGGGCGUUGUAUAGGCAGUAGAUAGAGUGUUGCAGCGCCUACCCAUGUGUGACGUCUUUUCCUCCUGUGUGCCGGCUCAGCCUGCAUUGGGAACGCUGUACUGACUCCCUGCAGGAACGCUACAUUAUCCGGAGGGGUGAGGGAGCCGGAGCGUGCCGAGUGCAGUUUCCAGCACAGUAGAAACGCAGUUCUGUGGGAAUUUCAAAGCCACUACGAAACCCAGAGUGUUUGCUCAGCUUCUUUUAAAAAAUCUAUUUAUUAUUAUUAUUAUUAUUAUUAUUAUUAUUAUUAUUAUUAUUAUUAUUAUUAUUUUAACAGUUCCUCAGAUGUGGCAUUGGUGAUGUCAUUUAUUUAUUUUUCAGCACUACUUUUUUUUAUUUUUACUGAAUAGUUUUAAGAAGAAGAAGAAAUAUUUUUGUUUACAAUUUCUGAUGGGAUUUUAAAGGGUGGGGGGAGGUCUGGAGAUAUAUUCAGUUUCUUUACUCCACAAAGAAACCUUUUUAAAUAUUUUUGUUUGUUUUUUAUGUAUUAUAAAAACAGUAUAUUGAGCCAUUUAUUGACACUGGACUAUUUCUCUCUCACAAACACACAUACACUGCAAUAUCACCUUCUCAUGGACAAUAAACUUGUAAAUCUUUGUGAAUACCUGUAA